CGUGAUAUCAACACUGCUCUGACGGGUACUGUAACUACACUACUGUAAUCACACUGCUGUAAUGGCGUUACUAAGCAUCACUGCUUAGGCUGCUAUAUAGGAGCGCGUGCAACGUUCUCUGGACAGGAGGACGCACGAGACCGAAGAAGUUGCUGCAGAAGCUGAGCGCGCGGAGAGCUUUUGAGACAGCGGCCGGAGACCGGGACAGCGUUUAGACGCACGCGCUAUGGACUGUUGUUGAGCUCGAAGGGAAGAAGCAGUGCGCGCACAGUACAGCUGCUGCUCGUGCCUCAAACCUUUCUAGUUUAGUUUUUUUUUUUUUUGUUUGUUUUGAAGUUAUCGACGGUUAUUUUUAAUAUAGGCUCACAGGAAGUCUAAGUGAAUCUCAUCGCGUCGAAAAACAGGUUUGGCAUCAUGAAGUUACUGCUUUUACCAGCUUUAAUGGCUUUUUUCGCCAUCGCCCAAGUUUUUUGCGAGGAAAACGACCCAAAAGAAGAUGCUGACUACUGGACGAGCAGCAAUCAGAUCCAGGACGGCUGGCUUUCCCAUGACCCAUUGAGAGAAAUCCUCCUGAGGAUGACAAGAAAGCCACGGCCGCAUCAGUUCAUCGGUCUGAUGGGGAAACGCUCCAUGGCAAAUGCACAGAUCACCCGCAAAAGACAUAAAGUCAACUCUUUUGUUGGACUGAUGGGGAAGAGGAACCAAGAGGAGCCAGAGUCCUAUGAGUGGAGCACAAUACAGACGUACGAGAGACGCCGCUGAGCAGUCACCUCUUCACCUGCCUGCUUCUCAUCUAGCCAUCCCUCAUCCGUGGGAGGGGGUACCCAACGCUGGUUCUGUUUUCUCCAAAAUGUGUGUAGCUGUUAGUCGAAUAAAAUCAUUGUUUCCACAUUGUAGUGAUGUAGCAGUGCUGUACCUGUGCCAGUUUCAUUCGUGUAGAUUGGAGCAAGAGGAGGGGAAAUAGUGUCAUUAUCAAUGUUAGUGUUAAUGUGAGUGAUUUUUCCGACCAUCUGCCAAGCUACAAAGACUAAAUGUUGUUGUGGACCAUCAAAGCAAGGCUAUACCCCAGGGUAUGCUGAAAACUGCACUGCCAAAGCCACUGUAUAGUGCCUCAUAACUGUUUAAUUGCAACUGAUUGUUCUAUAAAUACAACACACUGGGACAGGUUCGCAUUUUGGUUUUCAAGCGACUUUAGAAGAGCUGUGAUGUUCUCCACCUGGACAUAUGGUGUGAUAUGACAGGAUAUCUGUGUUAUAAUGGUUUCACAAAUAUUAAAAUUAUUUUCUUUACUGGUUCAACUUCA